ACAAUCUCGGUGUGGUAAGCUUGUAGGAGUUUUGGAAUAUUUACCGACUUAAUCGUCAGCGAAAGGCAAGAUCUACUUGUAAGUCGUUGGCUGACGUCUUUGACAUUAUUUCUACAGUGUCUUUGGAUAUUUCGUUGUAGUUUGGAUAGUAAACUUUCUUUGACAAAAUGCGUCUGAUCCAGAACAUGUCAACCAUUGCGGAGUACCCGAGCGCGGAAUGCCAGUCCAACCGGGUGAUAAAGAUCGCAGUGAUCGGAGGCAGUGGGGUUGGGAAAACCGCGCUGGUGGUUCGUUUCCUCACAAAGCGGUUCAUCGGCGACUACGAGAGAAACGUUGGCAACCUGUACUCCAGAGAGGUGCAGAUAGACGGCGAGCAAGUGGCCAUUCAAGUUCAAGAUACACCUGGUGUUCAAAUGAAUGGUAAUGGAUUGAGUUGCACUGACCAUUUGGCUCGCUCCAUCCAAUGGGCUGACGCUGUAGUUAUGGUAUAUUCUGUGACUGACUGCCGAAGCUUUGACCUCAUCGGUCAGCUCCACCAGCUUGUUAGCCGCACCCAUGUGGAUCGGUCCACCACUUUGCCGAUAAUCCUGGUAGCCAAUAAAGCUGACCUCCUCCAUGUGAGGCGGGUGGAUGCUCAAGAAGGUCCACUGUUGUCCUCUGCAUUGGGCUGCUCCUUUUAUGAGGUGUCUGCUAGUGAGGACUAUAACCAGGUUCAUGGUGCCUUCCACAGAUUGUGCAUGGAUCUGGCCAAACUGCAGCCUCCAUCCAUGCAGACUCCGACCCCCAUCAAUGCAUCUACUUCUGGGACAGAGAAGAAAAGAUCACCCCUUAUUCCCCGGCCCAAAUCCCCUAAUAUGCAGGACCUGAAGAGGCGCUUCAAACAGGUGCUCUCUGCCAAGGUCCGGACUGUCACGUCUGUGUGAAGGCAUGUGGGAGGUGGUGGCCUGAAAACAGCUGGAGAAUCGGCUGGAAAAAGUAUUGGAUUGAGAGAGGAAGCUCUAAGAGGAGGGAGAAGAUCUCUGGAACCGUGAUUUUGAAUGUAUAGUUCUCGCUCCUUUUUGAAGUUCAUGAGUUUCGUUGUUAAUCGGCAUACCAGCUACAAACAGAGGCCCUUAAACCCUUGACCUCUGAUUGUAUUAUGGUUGCUGAAAAAAGAGACUUUGAGGGCUGCUGAACUCUUAAAUUUCCACUUGACCAUCCCAGUGCUAGUGGACACUUGAUGCUGUCACUUAGAUCCAUGUGGACACCUCAGAAGCCUGGGAGAGAUGUAGUCUUGGCGCAUUGAAGAGGGACAGUGCAAAGACCAAACGAAACUGAAUGAAACACUCAUGCAUUCGUACACCCUGCCUUACCUGUGAACUUUUAGACAUGUUCUCAUGGCAGCAGAGAUAGUGAGGGCCACAUAACUGACUUUUAAGAAUUGCUUUUCUGAAAGCCAAGGGAGGGAAUUUUUUUUCCUUGUGGUCAAGGUUUCAAACUCUCACUGCAGAGACCGUCUGAAUGCAGGCCUUGUUAAAGGACAAGGCACUCAAGCAAAGCAAAAAGUGUGUUUAUCUCGCUCUGUCUCCAGUCCUAUUCUUGUGUACAAGGCCAGAAUUUUUCUCCUGGUUUUGUGUAAAACUGUGCUUCGUCACUUUUCUACAGUGGAAUAGAAGGUGUGUGUGGGUGUGUUUUUUUUUUUGGUAAAUGCACUUUAAAAAAUUCCAAGGGGCUGAA